GUAUUUCAAAAAAGGUUAUGGUAUGUAUAAUCUUUAGUUAAUACAUAUAGUAUGUAUAAUCUUUGGUUAAUAAUACAUAUCAAGUAUACACAGAUCCGUGUAAUAUUGAUAUAUUGUAACGUGAAAAUAUACAGCUAUACUGUAAGUAAAAAUAAGAUACAAUUACUUGUAAAAUGAUGACUAAUAAACGUCAAUCAACAUCAACUAAUUCAAUCAAUACUUCCAUAAAAUUGAGAAACACUGUCUACGGUUAUUGGGUUACAGUUUCACGCUCACGGUGGUCUGUCACCUUUCUGUGCAACCUUCGCGAAGAAACAAACACGUCUUCAGUCAUGGACAGAUAUCCUUUUCCUUUGUAUAAAUUCUAAUCUUCAUUUCUUUAAUAUCGUGUGUACUUUAAUGCCAUCUUUAAUACCAUAUUUCUAACGAUAAUUCAAAUUUUAACUGCCAUACUACAAUCAACUCAACUUUCUAUGAGCCGAAUAUUUUUCUUGACUGUAAAAAAAAAAAUUAUGUAACGUAAAAUCAACAAAUAUCAGUCUAUAAAUUAACAAUGAAUUUCAACAAUUUGAUUAUAACGAAUAAUAAAAUUGACAUUUCAGGAUAGAAGUAACUGUCAUCAAGAAUAUUACUGGUUAAUAAGGAGACAUUAUACAAGACGUAUAGGCCAUCUUGUGGAAAAAAGUUCAAUUAUUUAAUAAAAUAUCGAUAUAUUGGUGUGUGACUUGAAAGUUACCAUAGAGUCGAUAGAGCUCAUAGAGUCGAGAAAAAAGAAAAUCGAAUCAGUGCCUGCGGUUCUUUUCAGCCUUUGAUAUUUUCACAUUUCAGAACUGAUUUCAUUAAUUACGCGAAAGUGUAAAAGCGGAUGCUGCAAAAGGGAAAAGAAAAACAAAUAGAGGAGAAAGGAAAGAACGUGCGAAAUUUGGCGCCCGAUAGCGCCACGACGGUGCAUUCUCAAGGAAAAUAAACCGUUCGCCGUCUGACUAUUUGAUUUAUGAGCGCGGGCGACAACCUACCGCACGGCAUACCGAAAUAGAUCAAGAAUCAAGAGAACCAUUGCCAGUGCAUGAGCGAGGUAAAUCUGUCGUAGGAACAACCACUGCACCUUAUUUUCUACGGGGCGUUUAUCAGGCAUCAGUUUAUACAUCUUGUUUAGUAGCAUAACGGGAGCGAAAAAAAAACUGAGAGAGAGAGAGAGAGAGAGAGAGAGAAGAAAAAUGAGAGUAUCACAUACAAACUUACAAGUCUCGAUGUCGUUAUCUCGGACCAGUUAAAUGUAUCGGAUAAUUCCUGAAGAUAAGGUUCACACGGUCGAUAUAACGAUCAUUUCGCAUCACGAACCAUUUUAUCGGAUUUCAUAGAACAAUUAUCGCGACUGUGAUAGAACUACUUUCUCCCCGCCAUCUAUAAUCAUGCUACAUUUUAAUUCAACUACCUGAAAUAAUUUAAUCUCAUUUUUUCAGUUCGCAAAUACUUUGACGCAUUCGUCACCUCGCACGAAUUUCCGCGCGUCAAUAAAUCUCCUGGAAUUUUUUCACAACGGGGAUUAAUUUGCGGAGCGAGUUCGUACGUCUGUGGAAGUCAGCAAGGGAAGGAGGGAGAAUGUUGAAAAACGCGGUAAAAGUACUCGACAUGUGACGAACAGACCGUGAAGGAAGGCAAGGUACAUAUACACAUCGCGUUACGACAAAUCUACACAGUGUCUCAUAAAUGCUGAUAAAUCGAAAACGAUGGAAGGAAAGAUAUUGCGACCCUCCUGCGGGGAAAUCAAUUAAUCGCAAGGUCGGAGGGUUGUUAGGGUGACGUAUGGAUAAGCGAAGGAAAUCCAGAAUUGAUUUUUGUGAUCGAUACACGUUAAUUCCUUGAACCGGGCUUCUACCAGUCUUUCUCUCUUGUAUCUUCUUCGUACCGUGACUGUUACUUCCGUUCAAGGUGCUGUUCCAUGAAACAUCAAAGUGGGAUGAGAUUGAAGGAAGCGACGUACUAGCACCUUGAAAGGAUAACACACUCACGUGCAUAUAUUCCAAGUAUGGCGAUAACAGAAUUACCAACCAAGUGCGUCGUACCUUCGAGCUAAAGAGCUGUUACUCCUUUUUAACGAACAAUCGGAGCAAAGCAAUCGAGUAAAAUUAAUUCAAAAUUCUUUAGUAAGGCGUGAAAGAAAAGUUUCUGAGGUAAAUCACCCUGUAUAUCAAUAUGCACGCAUACACAUCGCGUGGGCGCUGACCAUUAAGGUGUUGUUACGACAUCAGUCGCCGAGUACACACGUUUGUAAAUAUCACUUUAUACACAUGGAACACAUUUAGACGCUUGUAUGUUGUACACGAUCCAUUCCGUAUUUGGGCUACCAACGUUAAAGUGGAUCUUCAUACACCGAGAGGCAUGCAUACAUCAUGAACAAGUCGUUAUACCUGCACAUUGUAAGGAGAAAAAUGAGACAGCACGAGGAAAGAUCUCCAAUUCUUCUUUUCACUGCAUCGAUUAAUAUGGAGUUUCAGUUCGUCGAACUCGAACACGAGAGAGUUCAGGAUGUUAAUAAACUUCUCCAUGCAUCCAUGGAUCCAUAAUUGUUCUGCAGUUUAUUGCACGCCGGUAUAAUUGUAUCUCGUACAAAGUUAACUGGUUUAUUUGAGGAACGCACCCUUUUAAGACCCCUUUCAAUGUUUGUAUACUUCUCCACCAUGACGAGCCGGAAAUGGAUCUUUAUAUCUAACUAGAUGAGCGUGUGUAAUGAUCAGAAGCAAACAAAAAGAAUAAUGAGGCCGAUAAUUCUGGCGGUGUUUUGUCACGGUACGAUGGUAGAAAGAAUAGGAUGUUUAAUUUUUUGCGUGGGUAGCUCUGCUGAUAGAUUAACAUAGCGACGCUGAAUGUUCAGCAGAUAUACAUUUUCCAUCACGAUAAAAUCGUAAGGAGAGGCUUGCCGCAUUGUUCGAAUACUUUGCUGAAGUAUUUAAACGCAAAUACUUCCCAGCGGUGCAACCUCUUUAAUGAAUCUGUAAUAACAGAAGUUCGAGACUUUUAUUUUUCGCCUGUACUGUACGAUGCGCUGGAACAAUGGUUUCUUCGACGGAAACCUCUUCCAAUUCAUUGCUACUUUUAUCAGGGGAACAGUUCUCGUUAUUACGACAAUGCCAUCAAGGGAUGUGACUUCGAUCGUUGCAAUCGGAAAUACACCCCGAAUCACCCCCUUAUACUACAUCCUUCUCUGCACCAAUAAUAGCUUCGAAAUAAUGUCUCGACUUUAUCUUUUUUCAAUAUUUACAAAAUAAUCAUCAAUCCUCAGAAAUAUUUGUUGUGCGCGAUACGCAUGUGUACAAUAAUAUCAUUCAGACAUUCGAUCGCUCUGGUCGUCAUAUAUACAAAGCCCGAUUUUUAAACUCUAGUUUAUUCAAUUCGAAUUUGCAAUGAUAAAUAAUUUAAUUAAACAACUGUUUACAUAAUAAUUACAUUUUAUGAAAAUAUGUUGUAUAUAAAUGUAAAUGAUUUCCAUUUUGAGAUUUGUUACAUUUUGUAC